AUGUACGAUGAGGCAAGGGUCCCAUCCCCCAAGGAUGGUGCAAACGGAGUGUCCCAGCUGGCGGUCCCAGGGGCGGGGGCAGCUGCAGGGCCCGGGGGGUCGGUGCAGGCAGCAGCCCUGGGGCCCAAAGGCGAGGGGGCCCAACCAGGAGAGGAGGAGGAGGAGGACGAGGAGGAGGAGGAGGGGGCCAAAGCGGAGCCGGCGUUGGCGAAAAAGCCCCACAGAGAGAUUUUAGACCACGAGCGUAAGAGGAGGGUGGAGCUCAAGUGCAUGGAGCUGCAAGAGAUGAUGGAGGAGCAGGGGUACACGGAGGAAGAGAUCCGGCAGAAAGUGAGCACGUUCAGACAGAUGCUGAUGGACAAGGAGGGGGUGAUCACCAGAGAGGGCGCCCAUACGCAGCCCAUAGUCAACCACCUGCACUACGAGGAUGACGAAGAAUACGAAGUUGACCCAGAACUGGUUGGAUAUGAGGAGGGAGGCUACUAUUACCAUAGUGAACACAGACUGAAGAGAAAAUCCAGCAGCUCUCCAUCCCCUCGUCCAAAGAAGAGGAAGAAGAAGAAAUCUGGCCGCCGGAGGAGCCGGUUUGACAGCUCUUCACCCAUUCGCAGAGAGAAGAAGAAGAAGAGUGGGAAGAAACACAAGCGAGACAGAUCUGCAUCUGGUUCCAGAAGAAAGAGGAGACAUAGAUCGGGCAGCCCAAAGAACAAACACAAAGACAAGAACAAACAGAGAAAGAGGUCCCCUGGUGAGUCCCCAACCAGGAGGUCUCAGCGCCGAGGCAGCUGCUGUAGCUCUCGCAGCGCCUCUCUCUCCUCCACCCAGAGUACCUCCAAGUCUCCUUCAAGACUUCCAGACUCCUCCAAGCACAAGACAGAUGGACAUAAGGCAUCCAGCUCCUCGCUGUCCCCCGGCCCCACCAGUCCCACCAAGUGGCACAACGGACACCACAGCCAGCGGAGCCGCAACGGCAAGGCCAGCCGACUCAACCACAGCGAGAGCGAGAAGGGUCACGAUAAGCUCCGCUUGACCACCGCCGGCUCCGCGGGCGUCCAGGCCACUCACCCGAGAGAGCCCAAACUCCACGGCAAGAGCCAGGCUGGACAAGCGGGCCAGGCGGAGGAGGCGGGCGCUCGGGACGGUAAGCACGUGGCCGCGGGGAGCGCCUCCGCCCAGUCGUCCAGGAGAAAAGGCGGCCAGAGAGGCCAGGCGAAAAGCUCCCACUCCCCCGCUAACAGCAGCGACUCGGCCCACUCCCCGCACAACCACACACACCGAGGGAAGAGCUCCCAGCACCAGAGGAAGACAAAAGGUGGCCACUCGUCCAAGCGCCACCACCGUUCCGGCCGGGGCCAGGCACACCACAGGAGCCCGUCGGCAGCCCCGGGACGCCAUUCGCAUACCUCGGCAAGGAAGAGAGGCGAGUCCCGUGGCGGGCAGAACCACCGACAGCGCAGCAGCUCCUGGAGCAGCGGGCGGUCGUCCUCGCGCUCCGCCUCCCGGGACAGAGGCCCCAAUAAGGCGAAGUCUCCCCACAAAAGACAGAACAACUCCAGGGAGAGAGACAGUCCUAACCACUCCGACACCGACAGCCGAGCUCGCCGUCGCUCACGGAGUUACUCGCCAAUCCGCAAAAGGAGAAGAGACUCACCCAGCUUCAUGGAAGCUCGCAGGAUCACCAGCGCUCGGAAGCGGCCGAUCCCUUACUACCGGCCCAGCCCUUCAUCCUCCAGCUCCGCCAGCAGCCCCUCCCGCUCCAGCCGCAGCCGCAGCCGGACGUACGACAGCUACAGCAGCUACAGCCACAGCAGGAGCCGGAGCCGGAGCAGGAGCCGGAGCCGGAGUCGGAGCCGGAGCCGCUCCCGCAGCAACCACAGCUACAGCAGCUACGAAAGCCCUGGCUUCUGA